AUGGAAGCAAUUAAUCAAGUGUGCUUCUGUGGUGUUAAACCGAUCUUAGCAGCUUUAAAAAAAGAGUCCAACCUUGAAUCACUCUGCCAAGACUCACUACACUUAGAUUUACCUAUACUAAUCAUGUACCAAUUACCACCAUAUUUGACAAUUAAGAGCAAUCCAGCAGCUGUUGCAGUCUGUAUGGAAAUUUUCAAAAUCCCAUUGACCAUAAAUUUCCCGACAGUGGUCGUUUCUAGAUUUUUUCGGCGUACAGUACGGAAACGUCAUGCUUAUACAUGCCGAUUUAGUCGUAACUGCGUAGUGGAUAAAGUCAUGACUAUCGGCAACAUCACCGCAAUGCUAUCGCACGCAUCCAAGCAUGACCGAUGCGGGCAGCUGCGGUGCGCGCAACGAAAUACAUGUAGAAGUUGUCGUUUUGACGAAUGCAUGCGACGCGGAAUGAAGAAAGAAGCUGUUCAAAGUGAACGAGACAGGAUACGACCAACUAGCACAUGUACCAUUCCGGAUGAUCCUUUGCUAGAUGCGUUACUUUCUGCGGAGGCUACAGUUCGUCAACUUCGAUCCUCAGUCAUUACCAGGACAGUGGAUGCCCGAAGGCAAGCGACCGCUGGGGAUGUGACGGAUAGGUAAUU